AUGCAGCCAGUGGAGGUGCUCAAUUCUAUAUUUUAUCACUGCUACAACUGGAAGAAGACUGAUUGUCCUUUUCAGUUGCAAUUUGAAAAAUUUCAGGAAAGCACUCAGGAUGCUGUUCCUGGGGAGUGGCCUCCUUGGUCACCACCACCACCGUCACCGCCGCCGCUGCCGCCACCGCCAUCACCGCCACCAUCACCACCGCCACCACCACCAUCACCGCCACCACCAUCACCACCACCACCCUCACCACCACCACCACCGCCACCGUCACCACCGCCACCACCGUCACCGCCACCACCAUCACCGCCACCACCGCCGCCAACACCCUCACCGCCACCACCACCGCCGUCGCCGCCGCCGCCACCACCGCCGUCGCCGCCGCCACCGCCACCACCGCCCUCGCCGCCGCCACCACCACCACCACCACCACCACCGCCCUCACCACCACCACCACCACCACCGCCACCACCACCAUCACCGCCACCACCAUCACCACCACCACCCUCACCACCACCACCACCGCCACCGUCACCACCGCCACCACCGCCACCGCCACCACCGUCACCACCACCACCGUCACCACCACCACCGUCACCACCGCCACCACCGCCAACACCCUCACCGCCACCACCGCCGCCACCGCCACCGCCGUCGCCGCCGCCACCGCCACCACCACCCUCACCACCGCCACCACCACCACCACCACCACCACCGCCCUCACCACCACCACCACCACCACCGCCACCACCACCAUCACCACCACCACCAUCACCACCACCACCCUCACCACCGCCACCACCCUCACCACCACCACCACCACCACCGUCACCACCGCCACCACCCUCACCACCACUACCACCCUCACCACCGCCACCACCGUCACCACCACCACCGCCACCACCCUCACCACCACCACCACCCUCACCACCGCUACCACCCUCACCACCGCCACCACCGUCACCACCACCACCGCAACCACCCUCACCACCACCACCACCACCACCGUCACCACCGCCACCACCCUCACCACCACUACCACCCUCACCACCGCCACCACCCUCACCACCACCACCACCAUCACCACCGCCACCACCGUCACCACCGCCACCACCCUCACCACCGCCACCACCCUCACCACCGCCACCACCGUCACCACCACCACCGUCACCACCACCACCACCACCAACACCCUCACCACCACCACCGCCGCCACCACCACCACCGUCGCCGCCGCCACCGCCACCACCACCCUCACCACCGCCACCACCACCACCACCACCACCACCGCCCUCACCACCACCACCACCCUCACCAUCACCACCACUACCACCACCACCCUCACCACCGCCACCACCGUCACCACCACCACCGUCACCACCACCACCACCACCAACACCCUCACCACCACCACCACCACCACCACCACCACCGCCCUCACCACCACCACCACCCUCACCAUCACCACCACUACCACCACCACCCUCACCACCGCCACCACCGUCACCACCACUGUCACCACUGCCACCACCACCACCAUCACCACCGCCACCACCAACACCACCACCACCACCCUCACCACCACUACCACCCUCACCACCACCACCACCGUCACCACCGUCACCACCACUGUCACCACUGCCACCACCACCACCAUCACCACCGCCACCACCGUCACCGCCACCACCGCCACCACCGUCACUGCUUCUCAAAAUGACUUCGUCAUCAUAA